AACAGAUGAGCUGAAGAACAAGUUUCAGACUUCUGUUUUGGAGCCGUGAGGGACAGACCGAGCGGAGAGAAACUCGAAGCACCUGCAGACUCUGUUGCCUCUUUUGGCACAACUUUUUUCACCUUCUUAUGAGACUGGUCAGUACCUCUACCUCUUUGACUUCUGGCGCUACUUUGUGAACUUUCUUUUUUUUUGUUUCACGUGCCUGUGAAUGAACUCUUUAAGAAUGUAUAACAUGAUGGAAACCGAGAUCAAGACCCCGCUCCCGCAGUCCAACUCGGGCUCGGCGCCGGGCGCAAAGAACAACAGUGUCAGUGACCAGGAGCGCGUGAAGCGGCCGAUGAACGCUUUCAUGGUGUGGUCCAGGGGACAGCGGAGAAAGAUGGCGCAAGAAAACCCUAAAAUGCACAACUCUGAGAUCAGCAAGCGGCUCGGUGCGGACUGGAAACUUCUGACCGACGCUGAGAAGAGACCAUUCAUCGACGAGGCCAAGCGUCUGCGCGCCAUGCACAUGAAGGAGCACCCGGAUUAUAAAUACCGUCCCCGCAGGAAGACCAAGACCUUACUCAAGAAAGACAAGUACUCUUUGCCGGGUGGUCUUCUUGCACCUGGAGCCAACGCCGUCAACAACUCUGUGUCUGUGGGGCAGAGGAUGGACGGUUACGCGCACAUGAACGGCUGGACGAACAGCGCGUAUUCCCUCAUGCAGGACCAGUUAGCGUACCCGCAGCAUCACAGCAUGAACAGCCCACAGAUCCAGCAGAUGCACCGGUACGAGAUGGCGGGGCUCCAGUACCCCAUGAUGUCCUCGGCGCAGACCUACAUGAACGCGGCCUCCACGUACAGCAUGUCUCCGGCGUACACGCAGCAGACCCCCAGCGCCAUGGGACUCAGCUCCAUGGCGUCAGUGUGCAAGACCGAGCCCAGCUCCCCGCCGCCGGCCAUCACGUCCCACUCUCAGCGGGCGUGUUUGGGGGACCUGAGGGAUAUGAUAAGCAUGUAUCUGCCACCCGGCGGAGACAGCGCGGAACACUCGUCUCUGCAAAGCAGCCGGUUACACAGCGUCCACCCGCACUACCAGAGCGCAGGGACGGGCGUGAACGGCACGCUACCUCUCACACACAUCUGAGAGAGAGGAAAAAGAGAGCAAAAAAGACUCCUAAAAACUUUUAAAAAAGUACUUCGGAUACUUGAACUUUCUUGGUUGCUAGAAACAACGUUCAUCAAAUUUGUUUUGUUCAGAAACAGUUUAAUAUUGAGUUGUCCAUUUUGAAAAAAGAAAUAGAAAUGGACCUGUGAGUGUUGAGCGUUGAGCCCGUCAGAGUAAGAAAAAAAAGGCUUUUUAUCACUAGUAUAAAGCAAUCAGACAUAUGUAGAAGAAUUGGACUUCUAUAUUUUAAUGAAUGCCAUAUUUUCUCUCCAUGAAAGGGCAUGUGGCCUCGUUCAGAGAGGCUGGUGUAUUUCAGAAAAGCUGGAUGGAAAAAAAGUUGCUCAUAAAUGUUUACACUUUAUUUGUAGAAUGUCAGUUGUCUCGACUGUGUCCAAAAUUUUUUGUAGUCUUCUUGUUUUUCUCCUCCUCCUCCUCUCCCUCCUCAUGAAAUUUAGGUUACAAAGAAAUGUAAAGACUGUGCGGGUCGCAAACGCAAGUUUUAUUUAUAGUAAGAUUUUUUUUUUUCGUUUUAGCUUGUGAACCCGUUUGUUUUUGUCAUGUGAAUAAUGUUCUUCGAUUUUUUUUUUUUUUUUUUUGUAAAAUGUUAUUUUCUGUGAUGGUUCUGACAGUGUCAUGUUUACUCAUUCUCCUGAACGAAAAGGUUUAUUUAAACUGACGUUUCUACAUAUUUUAAGACCAUCCUCUAUUCUUAAAUGCUGAAUAAAUUUGUACGAAACAUGA